UCCAUGUCUGCAGCUAUAGUCGAAUGCGCCUGAGUAGGAAGAAAAGCAAAUGUCACGUAAGAAUAGAGAGAGAAAAAGAGAAAUCUUUCAAAGUAAAAAUAUUGGAUUAUAACAGAAUAAAACAAAAUGCCUCCAUCUGUUGAAAAAUUAUCUGAUACAAAUGUUACUGGGAAUGAAGAAGAUAAAAAGAAUUUGUGGUCACAGAUACUUAAUGAUGUUCAAAAACACGGUAAUCCGAAACUAUCUCCUCACAAGCAAAUUCUUGUCCUCGGUGAUAAUGAAUCCGGAAAAACUACGAUGGUAGCAAAGCUCCAAGGUAUUGAAAACUCCAGCAAAGGAUCUGGCCUCGAAUAUGCUUACAUUGAUGUUCGUGAUGACUAUAGAGAUGAUCAUACACGUUUAAGCGUCUGGGUGUUAGAUGGAGAUCCAGCACAUUCUGAUCUUCUGAAAUUUGCCUUAAAUGAAGAAACUUUCCAGGAGACGUUGGUAAUUCUCACAGUUGCUAUGACAACUCCUUGGGGUAUUUUAGAGCAGCUACAACACUGGGCAUCUGUAUUAGCUGAUCAUCUUGAUAAACUCAAGUUGGAUGUUGACUUGAGACAAAGUCGAAGGCAUCAUAUCAUUAAAAUGUGGUUAGAUUAUGUGGAACCAGGUGAUGAAUUGGACCCAGCCUCUCCCAUGAAAAGAAGCUCUAGAAAUUUGGGGGAGGAGGACGAGGAAUUUUAUGGUUCUCCUUUAGCAGAAGGUACGCUAACUAAUAAUUUGGGAUUAGACAUUGUUGUUGUUGUAACCAAAACAGAUUACAUUCAGAAUUUGGAGAAAGACCACGACUACCGAGAUGAACAUCUUGAUUUUAUGCAACAAUGGAUAAGGCGUUUCUGUUUACAAUAUGGCGCAGCCCUCUUUUACACAAGUGCCAAAGAAGAUAAAAACUGCGAUUUACUUUACAAAUACCUUACUCAUCGUGUCUAUGGCUUUCCUUUUCACACACCAGCCUUGGUGGUUGAAAAAGACGCUGUUUUCAUUCCAGCAGGUUGGGACAAUAUGAAAAAAAUAAGUAUUCUUCAUGAGAACAUGCAUUCAUGUAAACCUGAAGACUACUACCGGGAUGUGAUAGUCCAGCCUGCAACAAGAAAGACGAUAAAUCGAGAGACUGAAAUUCUGGCAGAAGACGAGCAGGCUUUCUUGACCAGGCAACAGCAGAUUUCAUUUGGAGGAAGUCUACCAAGUGCCAGACUAGGCGAAUCACCUAUAAGACCAUCUGUUGCAGGUAUCCAAGGUUCUCCACGGAAAUUAGAUGGCUCUAAAGUUGUUGCCUCACCAGGAGGUGAAGGAGUUUUAGCAAACUUUUUCAAUUCUCUGCUCCUGAAAAAAACAGGAAGCCCAGCUGCAAUGAUGGGUGCAAAAUCAUCAGGAAGCGAAAGUUUACCUGACAAAGUUACAAUGCGAACCGAUGCUGCUGCUGAAUUGGAUCGAAUUGCUAGAGGUGCAAAGAAACCAGGAUCUGGUAGUUCUGGAACAGGGGGUAUAGAUUUCAAUGCUUCAGAUUGUUGAAUAAGCUUGAUAACAAAGUAUUCUUUUAUAUAUCUAGUUGCUUUAUGUGUCGUUUAAAUUCUGUUCUAUUUUUAAAGCUUAUAAUAAAAUGUAUACCCUCUGUGAUAAGCUUAGCUCAUUAUUUAUUAUUUUUUAACUCGUACUAUUCUACAUUUUUUCUCCAAUAAAAUAUAGCCACACAUCAUUUUUCAUCCUCUGAUUCUGUCAGUAAAUGAAUUUGAAAUUGUAUUUUUCCUUUAUGAUGGUGACUCAAAUCCACUUGAAAACUUCAGUCAAAUUUUAUUAUUGCACCAGUUUUUAUUGAAACUAUGGAGAAAUGAUUUUUUUGAGUUUUCUUAAUAUUACUAACAUCCUAUACUGAAUAAUGUUCAUUUUACCUGAAUAUUUUGAAAAAAUUGUUAGAAAAUUAUUCUUUACCCAUUAGGCUACUGAAUAGUAACACAAUGUAGAAAAAUAAAAUUAUAAAAGAAUUACUAUAGCACAUAUUAUAUUUGUAUAUCCAUGGUGUAUUGAUUUAUUUAGAACAAAUCACUUCAACAAAAUUCUGGAAUCUAUAAGGUGAACUCCUACUAAAAGAUUACUACAAAUAAUAAAAGAACUGCUUGUCAAAAAAACAUAUUAUUACAUUGAAGAAUUCAUAACAGAUGAUAUGUCACUGUUGCAGUAACAAAUGGUUUUGACAUUAGUUAUUUAUAAAUUAUUUUUAAUUUUGAAUCUGUCAACUUGUGAUUCAAUUAUAUGUAUUCUAAGAAAG